AUGCCAUUAUAUGGGUUCACUAAGACCAAAACAACCCUGCGCCAAGGUGGUAAGCCUGACUCUUUGAGGAACUAUUGGCUUAGUUUACGGAUACAUCCAGUCAAGCGCGUUUACAAUGGCAGUUCAAAUACUCCUCCACAUCCCGUGUCUCAUCACAACAGCCUUAUGCUCAAUCUAUGA